AUGGCUUCGACCUCCACUGCCAGUUCCUCGCAGUCGAGCCUGCCACCCUCUGCGUUCAACCCUCGUAGACACGUUGGCGUGCAUGCAGAACGUGUCACGGACGUCUCAAGCACCGAAUAUCCUGGACAUUAUCCCGACGAAGACCAUAGCUGGGAUCUCGCCAAGUUCAAGGAGAAUUUGCGGGUGGAGGUGAAGAGGCUUUCGCAACGCUCGAUCGAGUUCGACCUUGUAGGCGUCGACGCAUCGAUUUCGAACGCGUUCCGGAGAAUACUCAUUGCUGAGGUCCCGACAAUAGCGAUCGAGAAUGUGUACGUGUGGAACAACACGUCCGUCAUUCAUGACGAGGUUCUCGCACAUCGCAUCGGUCUAGUUCCGCUCAAUGUGGAUCCAACACUGUUCGAGUUCCGGGAUGAGAGCAACAGACAACCGACUGACAGAAAUACCAUCGUGUUCAAACUGCAAGUAGAAUGUCGAGUCGAUACGGAUACUCCAAAGGAGAAGGGCGCACCGAAACGGUAUGUCAACGAGAUUGUCAGGAGUGGCGAUCUCGUAUGGGUUCCUCAAGGCGAGCAGGAAGCUGUAAUGAGCCAUACCAAGCCAGGACCUACGAAUAAGGCGAGCAGAAACAUUGUUCUGGCGAAACUUCGGCCAGGCCAGGAGAUCGAGAUGGACCUCCAUGCGAUCAAAGGUGUCGGCAAGGAACACGCAAAGUGGAGUCCAGUCGCGACUGCUUCAUACCGCCUGCAUCCCCUCAUUAUACUGAAGCCUGAUAAACCAGUCCCACCAGAGCACGCUCAUAAGUUUGCGAAAUGCUUCAGCCCGGGCGUCAUUCAAGUCGGUCCUAACGGCGAGAUCUCGGUUGACGAGCGCAGCCUGCGCAAUGAGAGCAUGUCGCGGGAGGUCCUCCGACACAAGGAGUUUGAGGGCUGCGUCGAGCUCAAACGGAUACGAGACUGGUUCAUCUUCAAUGUCGAGUCAGAAGGCCCAUACAAGCCUCAGGAUUUGUUCGCCGAGUCGAUCAAGGUGAUGCGGCAAAAAUUAACAAAUAUACGGCAGGCGGCUGAGGCGCUUUCCGCGGACGUGGACGGGGCGGGCGUACAUCCGAAUGGUGUCGCAACCGCCGAUGGGGACGUCGAGAUGGCUGGGGUUUGA